AACCACAUCGCGUUUAGAACUAGAAAAAAAAAUAUUUUUAUAUAUAAUUACGCAUAUAUAUAUACCUAUUAAAUACUAUAUAUAUAGUUCGUUGUGUGCGCUCUUUCGAGAUUAAAACAAAUUACAAAAUGUGGCGCUCGCUUUUGGCUCUUUUUAUGAUCGGUGCGGUGUUCUGUGAGUCGGAUCUUUGGCGGGAUCACGUUAGGACUCCGGAAACGAUGGCCUAUAUAAAUUCCCUAAAGCAGCAAAGGGAUCAGAAGAGGCAGCAAGAACAGCAGCAGCAUCUGCCGCAGCAGCCACAGCCAGAGCAACCGCAAUAUAUCCAAGCAAUUCCACCUACGGCGCCCCUGCAAUCACCCAGCCUUGUAAACGGAUUUCCCGCCCAAAAUGCUGGCAGUUCCGUGAAACAGCCGGUACCAGCUGCCUAUUAUCCCACCUACGUGGAUCUUCCCACAUCCGAUAAGAUUGCGGAAAGGGUACUAAACUUCGCUAACGUUUUGGGACAACAGUUGGGCUAUGCCAAGACCGUGAUCUUCUCCCCCUUGAGCAUUGUCCACUCACUGGCAUUGCUACUGCUAGGAGCCAAGGGUCGCAGCUAUGAGGAGCUAUCAAGUGUCUUUGAUAUAUCGGAUACAUCCCGGCUCCACGAGCAGUUUGGUUUGAUGCUGCAGGAUCUGCAAAAACCCACAAGAGAUAGUAUAUCCCCAGAGCGACCCUUGACCAAUUGGAGAGCCAACAGUCAGAUGAGAUCUAAUCGACGUGCCCAAAGACCGGGCGCCCACGAGGUGCACAUGGCCAACGGACUGUUCACACAGACCGGCUACUCACUCAACCCCGACUACAGGCGAGUAGUCACCGAGGUCUACGGCUCUGAUCUGGAGGUUCUGGAUUUCGAGGGGAGUCCGGCUACUGCACGUUACAACAUCAACUCCUGGGUGGCAAAGCACACGAUGAACCACAUCGAGAACAUCAUCUCCAGCGACAUUCCCCAGAGUACCAGGAUGAUUUUGGCCAACGCUCUGUAUUUCAAGGGCUUCUGGGAAACUGACUUCAUAGAGUCUGCCACGCGGCCGGAUAACUUUUAUCCAAAUGGAGAGGGAACCGAACCUGUAGUGAGGGUCCAAAUGAUGGCCACCGGAGGAUCAUAUCCUUACUAUGAAGAUGCCCAGCUAGGCUGCAAGAUCAUUGGAUUGCCUUACAGGGGAAACCUGAGCACCAUGUACAUCAUUCAGCCCUUUAAGUCGUCGGUUAGUGAACUGAUGGCACUGCAGAAGCGUUUGUCCGCGGAUAAGGUGGAGGACAUGAUCAGCCGGAUGUACAGGCGGGCAGCUCUAGUUGCCUUCCCAAAGAUGCAUCUCACCGAGUCGGUGAACCUUAAGACAGUCAUGCAGAGAAUGGGUCUGGGAGGCAUCUUUAGCACCGUGCAGAAUGAUCUCUCACUGAUCGCCACAAACGAAGCGACCAGAACGAAUUCGCUGGGCGGAAACAGUCUGCAGAAUUUGGAGGCCCAGCGAAGAGCUGGAACGGGAGGAGCACGCUCUGAUUUGGUUGUGGAUGAUAUUGUCCACAAAGUGGACUUCAACGUCAACGAGCAGGGAACAGAGGCGGCGGCGGCCUCAGUUACGUACCUCAAGAAAUCUGGCCCAGAUGUCGUCUUUCGAGGAGACACUCCAUUCAUGGUGCUCUUGCGCCACGAUCCCACCAAACUGGUGCUAUUCUACGGUCUUAUAAACCAGCCCCCAGCGGCCGUCUAAUCCCAAGGAUUCUAGAUUUUUAAGCCUUAGUACCUUAAUUUGUUGACUUUUUAGUUAGGAAGCCAAUAUAUAUCAUUUUAAAUGAUAAAAAUAAUAAAUUAAACGAUAUUAUAGUAAAACUUA